AUGAGUGAAGUUCCUCAAUUAAAAUGUGCAGUGAGCUUGCUGGUUAAUUUUGAAGAGGUCGAUGUUGGUAACGUGUACGAUUGGGAAAUUGGUACCCAUGGCAUUCGUAUUAAAUUUGAAGUGAACGGACGGGACUAUGGAGGUACUUAUUUACCAGAGGUUGCAAAAGAGCAAGAAUGGACGAAAGAAGAGACUUUAUCUUCUCUCAUUAGAAAGGCAGGGUUUAAAGGAAAGGUGACACAAUCUUUAUUAGAGAGUAUUGAGUUGGAACGAUACCAAUCGAGUAAGGUUGACAUGACCUAUGAAGAAUAUGCGGAAUGUAAGAACAACAGGGUUGGUAGUCGGCAGCUCUCGAGUAGCAACAGUUUGGGUGAUGUGGACGAUUAUGACAGCGACGAAAGUAAUGAAGAUUAUUGA